AUGCCUUCAAGCAGAGCGAGGGAGGGCUCGAGCAAGGAGGAGCUAGCGAGGAACGAAGCGAAUCGGAACUUGCCAGGAUAUGCGAGCAACGCCGUGAAGUGGAGCGAGCCUGGAAUAGAGAAUGAUGGCGAAAGCAUUAUAGAAACUCUUGGGUUGACAGUUGUCAUUGAGACUGAGCAGCUAUCCUCUCAUCUUGGGAAAGAACUGAAGAAAAGAAUUCAAUGUUUAUUAAUACCUAGCUUUCUCUUACUUUUAGAUUGUGGAUUUUUUGGAGGCACAGUUCUAGCUUCUGGACUCUACAACAGAACUAUUACAAGCCCCAACUAUCCAACAGAUUAUGGCAAUAACCUGGAAUGUUGGUUAUUAAUUAUAGUAGACGAUAGCCUAUUAUUUCGUGGUUAUAUAGUGAAAGUGACAUUCAAUGACUUCCAGUUGGAAAGUUCAUGUGUUGGUGAUGUGCUAAAAUUUUAUGAUGGUACGAGUGCUGUCUCAAGCUUUCUUGGAUCAUACUGUGGUACAACCCAUCCAGAAGUUAUUUAUUCCACUGGCCCAUACCUGUAUGUCAAGUUCCACACAGACAGCUUUGCCACCAGCAAAGGCUUUAACUUCAGUUUUUCAGCUGUUGAAGAAGAGGAAGCGUCUGGGAUAUGUCGUCGAUCAGAUUGGAGUAGUAAGGUCCACUGGCUCAGAGGGUCUUCUGGUACAUUCUUUACCCUUGACUACCCUGUUCCUUACCCAGAUGAUGCCACUUGCAUUUGGAUCAUCUCUGUACCUGCCAGAAAAAGAGUGAAACUGAAAUUUGAAGACUUUGAUUUUGGAACAGUUUUUUCCAGUUGUAAACAACUAACAAGCGAGAUAGACUAUGUGCAGAUUCGCGAUGGACAGGGUUCAGAGAGUAAAGAACUCGCUAUUUAUUGUGGAUAUAAUAUCUUCACUCCUUCUGAUGUUUACUCCACUGGAGGGUAUAUGUGGGUGAAGUUUUAUUCCAACUCCCAGAACAAUAUGAGUUGGCAAGGGGGCAAAGGCUUCAAAGCCCAUUUUGAAGCUGUAGAACUUCCUCCCUCUUCUAAGGAGAUGUGUUUCACUGGAAACAUCUACAAUAACAACCUGACUUUAAGUGGCUCAUACGGAACUCUACAAAGUCCACAGGACCCCAGGUAUUACCCCCCAGGUUCGAGCUGUGAUUGGCUCAUCACUGUACCAGAAGGAAAGAUUGUGAAACUCAGGUUUGACAGAUUUGAACUGAAGCCAAGCUUUGGAUCCAGUUGUACAGCAGAUUAUGUGGAGAUUCUAGAUGGGAAGUCCAGUUAUAGUAAUAGUAAAGGAAAAUUCUGUGGUUACACAAAACCAGAGGACAUUCGCUCUAGUGGCCGCUACAUGUGGGUGCGUUUUAGAGCAGAUCAUUUGACUUAUUCAAUUUACAAAGGAUUUAAGGCCACGUUCACGGCAGAGGAUAAACCCACUUCUUGGGCAUUGAUAAUAGGCGUUGCUGUCGGUGUGGUGGUCUUUAUUGGGCUUGUAUGCUGUUCCGUGUGUGUUGCAAAGAGCAAGAAGACGCCCAGUAGAGCAGCUGGUGUUGGAAUGCCAAUGACUGGCACGACUUCAGCAUCCCAUACCACACAAUCAGGAGUGAUUCAACAUCCCCCUUCCAAUCCUAUUCAACAACCAGCAGCAAAUCCCUACCCACCCCCUCCAGUGGGUUAUGUUCCAGCUCCAACUAACCCAUCUUCUCCGCCGCCAGCAUACCCAUAUCCAUCAGAACCUCCACCACCCUACCCUGGAAAAGAAACAGUUCCGCAGUAUCCGCCUCCAGGGCAACCGUAUCCUUGGUUGCAGAGUGCGCCAGCAUCAGCACCGCCUCAGAGUCCGUGAGCUGACACUUGUUUUUACCCGAUGGCGCAGGCGGGCACUCGAAAAUCGGUCUGUGCUAAUAGAACGGACUAACAGUGCCAGGCCUCUCUCCUGCGCAGAUGCUCAAAGGUUUUUUUCUUAGGUUAAGAGAAUCCACUGAGCGAUUUGAGUGCGGGUGCGGGGCUAUUUGAAGGGCUACGGCGGAAAGCGCGUUAGCUUCGAAGCUCAUCGAUCGCUCCAUUCUACUUUGCGCCUGCACUCACCUCGCACUGCGGAUUUCUAUAACGAACGUUCGAACCUCUGCGGAGGUGCGGAGGAGAGAGCUGCCAGGUAACGUUGGGAAACCUUUGUAUGUCUAACAGAAUUUGAUGUGAGGGCAUGUAAAAAUCUCGCAUUGUAGCGACGACAUACAACGGAACCAAUAGAAGAACAUUAUAGAUGCAGAUACUGUACGGUGACAUAAUUAUGCAGAUACUGUGCAUGAAUUAAUUUAGAAAAUUUAGAUAGCUUUUUCAUCAUCGGAAGUCGAUCAGGUGUAACAAAAAUAUCGUUGCAAACGAAUUUGUUGACAAAGUGCUUUGUACAGAGUGCAGCCCGACCUAAAUUAAUGGGCUAGUGUAAACUAUUGCACCUUUAACAAUGUUUACUUUCUUUACUUCCUGUUGACCACUCAUAGCCGACUAGUUAUGAUAUGUAAAUUAUGUCGUAUCAAUGUAUGUCAUGAUAGACGAUAGAGAGGGAGCUUAAGCAAGGUCGACGACGGCGACGCUUACGACAACGCCUAGUAAAUGAUGAAUUUCUAUUUUACCAGCGAAAUUUGCAAUUGUCUAGAUCUGUGUAUUACG